UUACGUCAUUCCACAACUGGUCCGACCGGUCGAGGAGCGACUCGCUGGCACGUCUCAGAUGAAACUCAUCCGACAGGCGUGUGCAUAAAGACAGAUCCGCAGCUCAGCAGCCAGACGCGAAGUUCUCGGCCGACAUCCACCAUGGUUCCCCUCUUGCUUGUGGCCGUUGUACUUCUGGGAGCAUACGUCCUCCUCACACAGACUCUCUUCAAAAGAGCCAAAUGCAAAGGAAACGCCGCGAUGUCAGGGAAGACCGUCAUCAUCACAGGAGGAAAUACGGGCAUCGGUAAAGCCACGGCUUUGCAUCUGGCCAGGAAAGGAGCCAGAGUGAUCCUGGCCUGCCGAAACAGGAACAAAGCUGCAGCUGCCAUUGCAGAAAUAGAAACGCAAACGGGAAGUACAGACGUGAUCUACGUGCACUUGGACCUAGCCAGUCUGAAGUCUGUCCGCAGCUUCGCCGAAACAUUCCUGAAAACUGAGUCCAGGCUGGAUUUGCUCAUCAACAACGCUGGAUUGGUGGCAGACGGGCGGACUGAGGACGGAUAUGGCAUCGAGUUCGGGGUGAACCACUUGGGUCACUUCCUGCUGACCAAUCUGCUGUUGGAGAGGAUGAAGAAGACAGGGGGAGGACGAGUGAUCACGCUGUCCUCCAUGGCUCAUCGCUGGGGACACAUUGACUUUAACGCUCUGGUUGCAAACAAAGACCUGGGAACUGGCAGAUACAGCUGGCAAUUUUUCCAUGCGUACUGCAACAGCAAACUGUGCAAUGUGCUUUUCACCCAUGAGCUUGCCGAGAGGCUGAAAGGAACCGAUGUCACAUGCUACAGUGUCCACCCAGGUGUUGUCCGGACUGAACUGUCUAGAAAUGUCGGCCUGUGGCAGAAGAUUUUCAUCCAGCCUGUGGCCUGGCUGCUGUUCCUGGACCCAGAGAUGGGAGCUCAGACCACACUGCACUGUGCCCUGCAGGAGGGAAUCGAACCUCUGAGCGGGAAGUACUUCUCCUGCUGUGAGGCACAGGAAGUGUCCGCUCAUGCCCGAGAUGACAAGGUGGCCCUGAAAUUGUGGGAGGUCAGCGAGAAACUCUGUGGACUGGGAUAGAUUUAUUCACCUCGCUAUAAACAGGUUGUUGAGUCCAUGAGCGAUGAGCUGUCAUUCUGUCCUUUUAACAGUAUCGGUGAUACGGUGCUAUAUGAACAUCUAGAACUGCUGUUCAGCACUUUUUUUUCCUGAAAUUUAAACAUCAUUUCUGGUGUUGAAUUGGUGUUGUUGCAGUGCCAUCAGCAGGAUGGAAGCUGGGAAUAAUCAUGUUCACAAGUGUCUUUCUUUUUUAAAUAUGGUGUGUUUGUUGGGCGCUGCUGCAUAUUUGGUAUGUUACUGUUCUGUCACCUGUUUGUGAGACAAUAGCAACACGUUUUAAUAGUUUCGUCAUAUUUUUUAAAAAAUUUUUAUUUUGUAUUUUUAUGUAAAUAUUUUUGAGUUCUUUGUACAUUGUGUUUAUACUGAGGUCCUUACUGAAGUUUGCCUUAAUAAAAAAUGUCGACUAGAA